AGUCCCGGGUAGCCAGCGCCAGUCGGAGCCAGCGCGAGCCGCCGCCGCCGCCGUCGCCGUCACUGCCUCUGCCAAGUCCACUGCCCGCUACCCCCGCCAUGUCGGCUACCGCUGCCACCGUCCCGCCUGCCGCCCCGGCCGGCGAGGGUGGCCCCCCUGCACCUCCUCCAAACCUUACUAGUAACAGGAGACUGCAGCAGACCCAGGCCCAGGUGGAUGAGGUGGUGGACAUCAUGAGGGUGAAUGUGGACAAGGUCCUGGAGCGGGACCAGAAGUUGUCGGAGCUGGAUGACCGUGCAGAUGCCCUCCAGGCAGGGGCCUCCCAGUUUGAAACAAGUGCAGCCAAGCUCAAGCGCAAAUACUGGUGGAAAAACCUCAAGAUGAUGAUCAUCUUGGGAGUGAUCUGCGCCAUCAUCCUCAUCAUCAUCAUCGUUUACUUCAGCACUUAAAUCCCUGAGGAGUCUGCCCUGCCUAAGAAGGGCCUCUCCCCCACCCCCAGCCGUUCCUCCACCUCUCAGCCAUAUCUUUCAGCCCCCUCCCUUGGAUCCGUGUGUGUGUGUGUGUCCGUGUGUGUGCCCCCUGUAAAUAGCCAGCUGUUAUUUAUACAUAUAUAAUAUUAUAUAUAUUUGGUCUGUUUGUAGUUUUAUUACUAGAAGAUUUUUUCCGGUUGUCCUUAACACCCCUUCCUGAGGUUCCCAUCACCUCUCUCUCACCCUCUGUCCCUUUUCCUCUUUCCUGAUCAGCCCCAAGUCCCUUCAUUUGCAUCUGCUAUGCAAUAGCCCCUCUCCUCCUUCCCUUGGAUUUAACCGAUCUUUCCCUUAUCUUCCCUGUACAAUCCCAGGCCCUCCCAAAACAAAAGCAAACCCCACAGAAACAAACAGAACACCCCACCUGUCUAGGCUUCCCUAGGCUGCAUCUUUGUAUCCCUUGGGAGGCUCUGAGACUGGUUCCACUUGGUCCUAAGAAUCCCAAGAUUUUCUGGGAGCUUCCAACAUGUUGAUUAGCAUAUCAUUUGCAUACGCUGUCUGUUUCAUUUUGUUUUGUUUGUUAGUUUUUUGUUUCCUUUCUGAUCCAUCACUCUUCACUCUUCUGUGUUUUUUCUUUCUUUCUUUUCGGAAGAGUCAGUCUCCAUUGGUCCUCUUACCACACUUUUAUUAGCACGACAUUAUCUGCAGGUGGUGGGGAGUCUGGACUUUUGGGGAACCAGGCUGCUCUGGACCCCAAGGUUUCCUCCUCCCAACCCCUCUAGUCUAGUUUGCUUCCCUUACCCCGUUUCCCACACCUCUUGUACCCUCCUCUCCCUCCCCCAGCUGGUGUGUAAGUGUCUUGGAGUUCAGUGUGUUAUGAUGGACCAAUAAUUCUGCCACUCGGGGUCUCUCCCUACAUUCCUGCUCCCCAGUUUUCAUGUGGGGCACUCAACUGACAUUCCCAGGGGGUCUCGCUCCCUCCCAUCUGCCUGAUCUGCUGCCUCCUCCCAUCAGGAGAACUGGGGGCCGACCACAAUCUGGUUCUUUGAGGAGGGGUGGCUCCAGUGUGUGGGGGUCAUCACUGCCUUGGGGAGGAGUGGGACAAAACAGAAUCCCCCUAAUUCCUGCCUGAAGUCUCUGGCCUCAUCCUUGCUAGAGGUUCGACUGAAAACUUUCCUCCCCAGUCUGGGGGGGGGGUAUUACCCCCAUCACUGCCCAGCUCCUCUGACUGCCCCCCUGUAUUCAGGGUGGGGGUACUAGUCACUGCCAAUAUGUGUUGGGACUUGCUGGAGGAUGGGGAUCCUCGUCCUUCUCCAGGGCUGUUGAGCCCAGAGAGAGAGAGUGUGAGAGAGAAAGCAAGCUAUUUCCUUGUUGAGUACAAUGAUAGAGGAAGGAUCUAAUCUUUUUAAAUGGCACAGUUUUAGGGAUCUGAGGGUACAGCCCCUUAACCUGCCUUGGGGGGGGUUGUUCCCCAAACUCUUGCCCCCCACACACCAGGUUUUCUGUGUGGAGGGGAACCAAGGAGAUCUAAACUGUGGUGUGAAAGGGUAGGAGAGAUGCUGGGGGUGGGGGUGCUUGUGUUUUAGACCCCCAAUAUUAUCCCAGUGUCCCCUGCCUUCCUUCUUCCCCUGCCCCAUGCCCCCAAUUCUGUGGCGCAUCCAGAUUGUGAAAAUGUACAAUAAACGUGUAAUGAGUAA